AUAUAGUUAAAAUUUAAACACAAAGUCUUCAGCUGGAAUAAGGUCACUCCUACUGAAUGUUCAGCCCAUAUUCUUCAGCUAUUUUAAGUCGGUAGUUGACCAUUCAUCAGCAUAUGUUCUCAUUGUGUUUCAUCAGCGGAUGUGGGAGGAAACCACACGAGUUCGCUCAAAAUCUUUCUCAGCCUUUCAACCAACACAACCUCUUUCAGUUCACUUUGAGGAGAAAUUCAGUCCACUCUACUAAUACAACAUUCAUAAUCCUCAACAUCUACUUGUAUUUGAAGCUAUCAAAACAAAGCUAAGCUAAAAAUAACCUACGUUUCUAAAUGUUUCACAAGAAAGGAACAUGAGAUCCAGCAGUAAUUAGCACUGGACUGAUUUCACCUGUGUUCAUUUCAGAGGCUCAAUGGAGUGCAUGUAGGAGCUCGUGGCCAAUAGGGAAAGCAUGUGCUGUCUGGAGGCCUGCAUGCAGCACACGGCUGGCUGGUGGUUGAAGUGUUGCUGAACAGGAAGUUGCAGAGCAGAUUCGAGAGCUCCAACAGACCAACAUGAGGGGCUCUUAUCAGCUACUCGUCUUGCUUUUCUUAGCAGGCUUAUGUUCACCCGAGAAAGGUGGAGUGCACCGAGUCUUCAGCAGGCCGAUCCCAGGAGCUCUGCAGAAUGUCAGUAAGAAUGACACCGGGGUGAAGAAGGCCGUCCUGACUGGAACUUACUCUUUUAACAAUAAAUCCAACGACGCUUUCCUCUUCAAAGCAUCAGCGGUUGAUUGUGCAAAGAGACAGAUAGUCAAAGGCGUCCGCUAUAUUCUGGAAGUGGAGAUCUCACGGACAGUGUGCAGGAAGAUGGGCCACAAUGAGGAUCUGAUCAACUGUCCCUUCCAGACAGACAGUCUGCUGCGACAG